AUGGAGUACAAGUCCCCCUUUGAACUUCGACAACAACUCCUAGACACCCCCAGCCCUUCGUCCGCAAAGGGGAGGCUCCGAAGGAAGAGCGGCCCUCCCGCCGUUGGAGCCACAUUGCCGGCCUCUAAUGCAGCAAGCAGCGAGCCAAUUGUGGAGGCGGAUCCCGACGACCCAACCGCCCUUGUCCGCGAAUUACCAGCGCUGGAUAAGCUCAACGCCCUCAAUGCAUCACUGAAGAAUGAGGAGGCUGUGCAGAACUACGUGGAAGCAAGGAACCUAUCUGUUGAAGAAGCUGCGAAGUAUAUCAUGGCGAACGGAAGUACUGGUCAGAAGAUGUCGUUGUUCCAGCGCCUCAAGGAGACCCUGGUUGGGCUGGACAUGACGAGUGUGUCGCAGGUGCUUAUGACUGCCGUGGAUUGCAUGUGGGUGCAGGAGCCUGAAUUGCAGUGCUUUGCCCCAGGUGCUUUAUUGGAGGUGUUGCCGCUGCUGAACAACGCCGUAGCACGUGAGUUGCUCAUGGUGACGAGCACUAUGUUGAGUGUUAAGACAGCUGAGAUACGGAUCGCGUGGAACCAACUUUUCCUCGCCUUUAUUGACUACCUCAACACUAAGCAGCUCGACAACGAUGUGGUCCCGCUUGCCCUCAAAAAGUCAGAGCAUGUAGAACCACAGGAUCAGCGUGAACUUAGUUGUGACCUAAUUGGUGCCGUCUGCCGCCACCUCCCGCGCGACACCGUGGAGCGGAAGCUGAUGAACAAGGUGCUGGCACUCUGCCAGGACACCAAUGUGGGUGUGCGGAGACACAUGUGUCAGCAGCUCGGUAUCGUCGCACGCUCACUGGGUGUGGAGAAGGCGAAGGAGAAGAUCGCCAUGGAGCUGUUUGAGCUCCUCAAUGACGAGGACCAGAGCGUUUCACGCGCAGCGUUCUCUUGUUUAGUUGACCUUGUAGAAUUUUUUGGGCCCGCAUACCGCCGUGAGCACUUGUACCCCAUCAUCAAAGGCUUCAUAUCGCACCCACCGGAGGAGGUAGUAAGUCUCAUUGUCGGUGAAUUUGGUCGCUUUCUCUGGGAAAUAAAAGCCGACAUACAGACAAAUGAGGACGUUAUGCUGUUCGCAAAUUUCUACCAGAACUCUACGCUGAAGGGUGAUGACACGACUCGACACGUGUGUGCAUACAACUUGCCAUCUGUUACUGCUUCGCUUCCCAUAUCUGUGUUUCCCACCAACCUGGCGCCGUGCUGUGAGGCACUUGCCACUGACUCAUGUGAGCCUGUACGCAGAAGCAUUGCUGCAGGUUUGCACGAAUUAGUUUCCCUCCUCGGUGACAAGGCGGCGGUGUAUCUUCGUAAACCUUUUUUAGAACUCUUGGGCGACUCUCAGAAGAGUGUUUUAAAAGCACUUUCUACUCAUACAAAUAUAUUACUUGACUGCUUUGUACAGCAGCUCAAACCGACGGAUCGCGUGGCAUUUUUUUCUAGCACGGAGGAAAUCUUGCUUCGACUUGCUGCACGCGCUGAAAGGGAUUGGCGUAUUAUGGACUAUGUACUGAAAAUCGUUUCUUCUUAUUAUAAGGAGCUGCAGGAGACGACGUUACAUGAGAAGUUUUUACCACUUCUCCUUAAGUAUGAAAGACUCGGAGCGUUCUGUCUGAAGGAACGUUGUGCCGACAUGUGUAUAAAAAUUGCUGCUAGUCUGUCCAACGUGAACAACAAGGUGCAGUUUUUCAGCAAACUAAACAAUGAAUAUGCCCAUAGCUCUUCGUGCCUUGUGCGCCAGAGCUAUCUGCGCUUUGCGAGAGCUACAUGUGAGGUAUUUUCUCGCCGUUUCGUUCGAGAGAGGAUGUUGGACUGUUGUUACGAGCUGCAGCAUGACCACAUGGAGUUGGUGAGGUUAGAAUUAGCGCGUAUACUGCCGUCACUGCACCGCAUACUGGGGCCGGUAGCUUCUGGUAGUGUUGUUGAGGAGUACCAGGACAUGGUGCGCCGCCUGCAGAUGGAUGACAGCAGCGAAGUGAGGGCUGUUACACGUGAUAGCUUGGAAUUAAUGGAACGCCGCGAUCGCGAGCUGAAGCGGGAUGCGGGGAAGGUCAAGAUUGAGGAAGAAAACAGGGAGGACAGACGUCGCGAGCAGGCUGAGGGCCAGUUAUUGGACGUAGCAAAAGAAUUUGAUAAAGCCGAGCGCCGUUCUAAGCUUCGCGACUUGUUAAAAACAGAACGUGAGAAGGAGCAGGCGGAGGCGGUGCGCAAAGCUGGUGUGGGCCGCCGUCCUCUGAAGGGUGCCACAGUGCAUAUUACUUCUCCUCAAGUGGCGCGUUCGAUACCAAAGGCACACUCUCCCACUCUCGCAGGUGUCGCUCGUCACAAGAGGCCACAGCAAUAG